CAUGACAAGGGGGCAGGGUUGAGAGAGCAACACAACGUGGGACAGUCAGGGAGAGGCUCAAACACAGAGAGAGAGAGAGAGAUGAGGGGUUAGGAGUCGCUAGUUCACAAGAUAAUCAGAGACAGGCCACUGAUUCAGAGGUUGGUGCACAGCUGGUGUGAUGGGUGAAGAGGCUGCAGGCGAACGCUGAGUGGACAGACUGUGACAAUGUGCAACGAGUGUGGGAUUUAAUGUACUGGAGAAUAUAAUCUGCUCAAGUAUCAACCAGGAAAUACUGCAGGUGGAAGCCGAGUUUUUGAACUGCAAACCAGAGGGGAAGACAGAACAGCCAUGGAUGCUGCUUUAAAGUACAUUUGGAGAUAACUUACGUGAGAACGGGUGUGGACGUCUGACACCACUGGGCAAAACAGUUAAAGAAGAGCUGUUUCUUUCAUGUUUUAUUACUGAUAUUUUCUGAUUAAUAUAACAAUUUAGUAACCUUUAGCAUAUCAUUUUGUACAGAUCACCCUUCUCAUUCUUACAGCUUUUUCUCCAGAAGUGAACAUAUAAACUUAAUAGAUUUUUUGGCAAAAAUGGAAACCACCUGGUCCUUUAUUUUUUGUGCUUAGUGCAAGAGGAAAGGUUUAGAAGGAAAAGGAAAGACCAGCUUCUCUUGAAAGUGACCAGUAAGUAGAAACUUGAUAAAACUGCAUCUUUACAGCUAGAUACAUCCUUCGUGCAAAUGACACCAUUAUGGAGUCCCAACAUAAGCAAAAUGAAGCGGAUUCCAGACUCGUAGACCUGUUACAUCCUGCCAGGUUGGCAGCCCUGAUGAAGUGUUUAAACCAUGUGGUCCACUGAGAGCAUGGAGCCGGAGAAAGCGCACACCCAGAGCAGCUUCUUCAACAAGGUGGAUGUGCCUGACCAUGCUCACUACAUUAUCGCUUUAUUUGUCUUUGUCAUUGGGACUCUGGGCAUCACCGGGAACGUCCUGGUCAUGUUUGCCAUCUACAGCAACAAGAAGCUCCGUAACCUGCCAAACUACUUCAUCAUGAACCUGGCGGCCAGUGACUUCCUCAUGGCCUUCACACAGUCCCCCAUCUUCUUCAUCAACUGCCUCUACAAGGAGUGGGUGUUCGGAGAGAUGGGCUGUAAGAUGUACGCAUUCUGUGGUGCCCUGUUUGGCAUCGCCUCCAUGAUAAACCUGCUGGCCAUCUCCAUCGACCGCUAUCUGGUCAUCACCAAGCCCUUGCAGACCAUCCACUGGAGCUCCAAACGCAGAACUAGUCUUGCCAUCCUCAUGGUCUGGCUCUACUCUCUGGCUUGGAGUCUGGCUCCUCUAAUUGGCUGGAGCUCCUACAUCCCCGAGGGCUUGAUGACAUCUUGCACAUGGGAUUAUGUUACAUACACAACAGCCAACAGAAGCUACACAAUGAUGCUGUGCUGUUUCGUCUUCUUUAUUCCACUGGGAAUCAUCUUUUACUGCUAUCUCUUAAUGUUUCUGUCCAUAAGGAAGACUAGCAGGGAGGUAGAACGUCUGGGGACUCAGGUGAGGAAAUCCACUCUCAUCCAGCAGAAGUCCAUCAGGAGUGAAUGGAAACUGGCAAAAAUUGCUUUUGUCGUCAUUGUGGUCUAUGUCCUCUCUUGGUCACCUUAUGCCUGUGUUACACUGAUUUCCUGGGCUGGCCAUUCCAACAUCUUGUCACCGUACUCCAAGGCUGUUCCUGCAAUCAUAGCAAAAGCCUCUGCCAUCUACAAUCCUAUUAUCUACGCCAUCAUACACAACAAGUACAGGAUGACUCUGGCAGAGAAGUUUCCCUGCCUGUGGUUUCUGUCUCCCACUCCACGAAAGGAGUGCAUCUCCUACUCCAUUAGCGAGUCGUCCUUCAGAGACUCCAUCAUUAGUCGACAAUCCACAGCAUCAAGGGCUCACAUUAUUACUGCCUCCUCCAGCCCUUCUGAUACGGUUUUGAGGGAUGUGGAGAUGGAGCCCCUGGGCAAGAAGUCGGGGGAAUCCUUCAGAAGCGUUUCAUCAAACAGACAGUCUUGCAGAAGCAGGUCCUAUAAGAAACAGUUAGAGCGGAAAAUAAGCAUGACCCCGAAAGGAGACAAGCAUCCACCCACCAUGAAUGAACCAUUGAGCACCUGUGACCCUGAACCAGUUUCAGGCUCUCUGACCAUCGCCACUCUCCCCCUGCUAGUUCUUACCAGGCGGCGCAGCCAGAGUCUGACCAAUGAGAUAUCAGACGGAUGCAGCAAGAAAGGCAACGCCUGCAAUAAGCUGAACUGCCACAAGAGCGACUCUUUUGAUUGCCUGAAUUUUGGAAAACUAACGUCCUCUGAUCCCAGACCGCCUCAGGAUGUUCCUCGUAUAAUCAUCAUCAGUCCCACCACUGAGAGCAGCCUCAUCAAACAAGACAGCGUGUGCUUAGAAGAGAGUAUCGAGGCAAUGGAGAACAACUUUGUCAGCCGAAGCUUCUCAUCAGAAGUCUUUGAGGCGGUAGAGCUACUCUCUUGACAUGCUGGACACUCAUUUCCAUUAAAUCUACAUUAUUUAUUUCAAUUUCAGACACACUAAACUCUUCUCUACAGCCCACACUUGUGCUGGCAAUGGACAGAGCACUCAUCUGUUUUUAAAUUCAUCCUGUAAAUCAAUGAUUUUGCCACUCUGUUACUCAGAUAAGUGGUGUGCAGAAGAGAAGCUGGUAUGGCAAAUGAAAGAACAGAACCUGGUUCUGGUAUGCAGUGUGCAGUGUUUGUCAGGCUCUGGCACGGACACGGGCACCCUAAGGGGCAGCAUGGGUUGCUGUGUGCUUUUGUUAGAUCCCUCAAAAAUGACAGGUGUAACAACAUAUUUUCAUGAGCUUAGGGCUCAAGCUUGACAGGCUGGUUUCUAAGUUUAGCCCUUAAGUUGACGCCCGUGAAACUGUGAUGUAAAGUUUUGAGCUGAAAUUAUUCAAUUUAAGUUUUUUUUUUAGGAUUGAUUACCAAUUCUUUUGAAGAAAGGACAUUUGUUUCUGAAAUUAUGGGGGGAAAGAUAGCUUUUUCCUUAAAACUACACAACAUAUGUAAAAUUGUUACACAACUGACAACAUGACAACACAUCAAAAACACUGAUAACAUGUCCACUCUGGAAAAGGAACCAAUGUUACCAACAAAACAAAGCUGAUGUUCCAUUUGAGUUCUAUAAUCACAAAGAAAUUAACAAAACAAAGCAAGCAAAGCAAUAACACAGGGUUGUAAGAAUGCACUUAGAGUAUAUAUAUUCAUUUUUGUCUUGUGAUGCUAUUUCCUUUAGGCAGUAAUGGACCUCGCCAACUUUUCACUGGCAGUGAGACAGAGGUGUAAUGAAAAAGUGAGGCUGUCUAUGCUGGUGAAAGACUGAAGCAGGAUCAAAUGUGUCUCAUAAAACACUGACAUUUCUCUGUGAUGACUUGUGUUGCUAAUUAUAUAAAGCCACAAGGAUAAAUGUGACGUGAAUCAGUUCAGAUGUGACACUGUGAUACUUGUUUUUUUUGUUUGGUUUUUUUUUUUUUGAAAACAUCAUGAUGGAAACAAAGUCAAGUUGGAAAAGUGUUUUUGGCACAGUUUCAUCAGUCCUCAUCUCAGCUCUGUACCAGUCAGGUUAUACCUUUAUCACCAGACAGAAUACUAAUAUUGGAUGAUUUUACAAAACUCAGAAUUGUAUUCAAGGACAAUCCUUAAACACUUUAUUAAUAUUUGCACAUGCACGCCUGCUAUUGUAUGAUUAAAGGGAAAGACUGCGACUCAUGCAAAUAAACUGUGGCUUAACGUAAUGAAUGGCUAGCCUAGACAAUUCAGUAAAAUCCAAUGUCCCACAGAUGAUGAAAAAAAUCAUUUAUGCACAGGAAAAGUCACAAUAUUUGAAUUCUUUUCAGUCACUACCAGAAUAUUUUUGGCUCUAAGCAUGCCAAAAAACCCAAAUGAUUUAUACUGUAGGUGAUUUUCAGGUUUUAAGUCUGCACUACAAGACUGAUCAGGGAAAAGCAACAUACACAGUCACAGAACUGGAUGUUUAAUAUUUGGUUGGAGCUCUAUUUAUAAAGCCUCACUUCACGUGUAAGGUCCAAUAUUCCAGAAAUUAGGGAGAGUAUUAAAAUAGAAAAGCAUAUUUCAAAAUUCUGACGCUGAAGGUGAAUGAACACUAUCAUUGGUGAAUGGCAGUUAAUGCAGCUAAUUUUGGUCUUUGGCUGCCAUGUGGACAAGCAGAUGAGGGGAAAACCUCACAUGGCUCACUGAAGGUUAUUUCAGUUGUACAUUACAUCUUUAAAAAAUGCUGUGAGCAGACACAUUGUUUUACUGUUUACGCUUUUCAGUGACAAUAAUGCAAAACCUUUGAAUCGCUGCAAAAUCAUUGUAAAUAUUUUCUGGUUAGUCAGAGCUACUUGGUUGUAUGUGGUUGAAUCUGGAAUGACUGUGCUGUUGAAAUACAUCUAUAUGGGAACAAAGGUUACAGAGAAAUAGUUCCAUAAAAUAAACUGGUUCUGUCAAGAAAAUCGUAGUUACAGGAUGAAACUCCUGGUCUAUAUUUCUAUACCUGCAUAGCUGUCUAAUGGGCUUCACUGUUGGUUGUAUACGGUGGGCACAUUCCAGUCUGUGGUGAAGAUGGCAUAUAUGAGAUUUCACUUAAGUCAUGCAGAUGAUGGCACAGGUUGAGAAAAGUCCUCCCUUGUUCAUCUAGUAUGCAUUAUAUCGACAUCCGCUACUGACCAGUGUUUUCCCUCUGGACUGAACAUUUCAGUUAUUUAUUUUUUCAAAAUUUAGACAAUAGCCAUUCUUUAAUGUGUUCCCACAUUGUGGACUGAUUGUGUGAUGUGUACUUUUUUCAUGCCAUGCUGCUGCUGAUGCUUUAUGUACUGCUUUCUUUAUUUUUGUGGUACUGGAGAAUAUCUAGUAUAUAUAUAUAUAUAU